AUGCAUAGGCGCGAUGAGGUGCGCUCCAUUUCUAAAUCCAUCCGGGCUGAACUUCGAAGGCCAAACUCUUUAUACGCCCGUGUUCGGCUUGAUAACAAAGGUAGUCGCGAGACCUGGAAAGCCCUCAUGCAUAUUUCUGGCAUCAAAUCCUCAUACCGUGCACCUGCUGCAGUGGACAUAGAUGGUCUGAAUGAGAGUUUCAUCAACAGUGGAACCGCUCUCAGUGCUCUACCUAAUUAA